AUGUCAUACAACUCUUACCAGAAUUACCAACAAGGUGGUAGAAUACACAAACAGCCUUACCACCAACGAGAAUCUGGACUGAAUUUUCUGCAAAACCUUGAUCACCAACUCGCCAGCCAAGAUAAGAAACAAGCAUUUAGAAGGACAGUUGAUCAUGGAAAUAAUAUGGCUCGUUGGUUCAUCGAAAAAUCCUUGGGCAUAAACACUCGACAUCAACAACCUAUUGGUGUGGUUCGUCCUGAAAGUUCUUACUUGAUUGACCUACUCCCGUCAUUGGCAUAUUCAUCAAGUUUCAACCUAGAUAGAAGGAAUAAUAAAAACAAUAUGGGAGCAUUGGACUUGGACACAAAGUUAGUCCAUUUGAGUUCAAAUAAAGUCAAGCAUUCAAUAAAUACCGUAAAAUGGACUCCCGAAGGGCGAAGGCUAUUGGUGGCCUCUCACUCUGGUGAAUUCACAUUAUGGAAUGGUAUGACGUUUAAUUUCGAAACCAUUAUGCAAGCUCAUGAAAGCCCAAUAUUGACCAUGCAGUAUUCCAACAAUGACGAAUGGUUACUAAGUGGAGAUCAGAAUGGAACUGUUAAAUAUUGGCAACCCAAUUUCAACAAUGUUAAUAAUAUAACAGCUCACUCAAACGGAGUACGAGACAUUGCGUUUUCCCCAAACGAUUCAAAAUUUUUAACUUGCGGAGAUGAUUCAAUGUUGAAGAUUUGGAAUUUCAGUAACGGACAGGAGGAAAGAACGUUGACUGGUCACAAUUGGGAAGUCAAAAGUGCUGAUUGGCAUCCAGAUUUGGGGCUUAUUGUAAGUGGGUCAAAGGAUAACUUGGUUAAGUUGUGGGAUCCGCGUGCAUCCCAAUGCAUAGCUACGUUGCAUGGAUUUAAGCAUACAGUCAACACCACAAGGUUUCAGCCAUGUGGAACAAAGAGAUUACUAGCCUCGGUAUCGCGUGACCGUUCUUGUCGUGUAUUUGAUUUAACAACCAUGAAGGAUAUGUUGGUGAUUCGUGAUUCAGAAACUGAUCUUUCAUGUUGCGCAUGGCAUCCACACCACGCAUCAAUGUUGACGACAGCAGCGUUUAACGGUUCCAUCAACCAUUACUUACUCAACUCCUACAUUGCAGACUCGAAUGAAUCAAUACCAAAGAAAGUCAACACUAAUAUAACCAAUGAAACAGGAUCCGUUGAAGCGGUGCACCGCAUACCAUAUGCCCAUGAAAGGGCAAUUCACGCUUUGGAGUUUCAUCCUAUGGGACAUCUACUUUGUUCAGCUGGAUCCGACAAAACUGCACGAUUUUGGUCGCGUGCAAGACCCAAUGAUCCUAUGGCUUGGAAAGAUGCUGUAUAUACCGAUGACAAGGUUGGCGCGUGGUACUACACUUUAAAUAACAAUGUCAAUGCCGUGAUGGAAGAUGUGUGA